GCUUGAAUGCAGCACUUUCGGCAAGUGCGUGUUGCCUGCAAACGGAGGUUCAGUCAGCAGCGUCAGUAAACGGACUACAGGUGAAAAAUGCCCGCAGAUGUGAGCCAGUGGAAUGGAGAUUUGGCGCUGCAUGAGGUCGAGGAAAAGCCCGCACACCCGCUGACCGUCAAAUACGGCUCUGUGGAGAUCGACGAGCUGGGAAAAGUGCUCACUCCGACGCAGGUGCAGAAUCGACCGACCUCCAUCGAGUGGGAAGGAUGUGACUCCAGCAAACUUUACACUUUGGCUAUGACCGACCCCGACGCUCCCCGCAGGAGCGACCCCAAAUUCAGGGAGUGGCACCACUUCCUGGUGGUCAACAUGAAGGGGAAUGACGUCUCCUCCGGCUGCGUCAUGUCGGACUACGUCGGCUCCGGUCCUCCCAAAGGCACCGGUCUCCACAGGUACGUAUGGCUGGUGUACGAGCAGUCCGGCAGCCUCUCCUGCACCGAGACCGUCCUCACCAACCGCUCCGGAGAUGGCCGCGGAAAAUUCAAGAUCCAGAGCUUCAGGCAGAAAUACAACCUGGGAGCCCCGGUGGCAGGAACCUGCUACCAGGCCGAGUGGGACGACUACGUCCCCAAACUGUACGAGCAGCUGGCUGGAAAAUAAGAAGAAAAAAGACUCGACUCUAAAGCAUUCGGCACUACGAGUUCUCACUGGAAAUUCCCGCAAACCCCAACAGGAACAAAGCUUUUUUUUGUGCCUCUAAAACUAAUUUUGUGUUCCCACUGUUGCCUAAAUAAUCUUUGACAAAAUUAACAGCUUCCUCCUAAUGAUGUGACCUCUUCUCACCUGCAAUAAAUCUGUUCCAUGCACUGAA